GCAUAGGGAGGACGAUCGGAGCGCGUUUCCUGCUUUCCAGCUCCUGCUCGGGACCGGGCUGAUACAGAGGCCUGGUGCAGGACAAUCUGACACAUGAGCCAUCGAUCUCGAGCGUCCAGGUCCAGGGGCCAUGUCCACUGUGACUCCUGCUUCAGCCGGCGCUGCCGGGCCCGGGUGGAGGCCUCGGUGAGCUGCGCGCUCAUCCCCUGCCGUCUGCACUGCGGCGCUCUCUUCCACCUCUGCAAGGAGGACGACCACCUGCUGCUCUGCCCCAACGUGAGGGUGCCCUGCAUCAACGCCGGCUACGGCUGCCCCCUGCAGCUGCCCCGCCACUCGCGGUCCGCCCACCUGCAGGCGUGCCCGGCCUCCGUGGUGAGCUGCUCCAUGGAGUGGAACCGCUGGCCGGCCAACGACGCGCACUCCCACCUGAACACGGAGCUGCACGAAAACCUGCUGGGGGAGCGCCGGCAGGGCGGCAGUCUGGACCUGGCCAUGGCCCUGAAAGACCAGGACCGCCUGUUUCAUUCUCUGAAGAUGAAGAAGCUGUUCCCUGAGCUGGUCCAGACGGUGGAGGAGGAGGAGAGGGAAGAGGAGGAGAUGGAGGAGAUGAGGAGAAGGGAGAAGGAGAGACAGAGAAAGGCCCUGUUGGAGAAGGAGGCGGCUGCGAAGGAAGCCAGCGGUCACGUCUGGGAGUCUUUCAGCAGCUUCAACAUCCAGAGCCCGGAGUCUAAAGACUCUGAUGACGAGGCAGAGGAGGGCGUUGAGGUUGGAUAUGAGCAGGAGCUCACUCAGGAGGAGAGGGAGGCCAUCGCCAGGGCAUCGGGGGUGGAUGCAAACCUUCUGGAGAACUACAACGCCUGGGAGCGCAUGUUCAGCAUGGAGAUGGGGGGCUGCAGGGAGGCCGGAGGGACGGCGGCGGCCGGCCGGGGCCGAGGGAGGGGCCUGGGCCCCAUCGCGGAGGAAGAGGCGGCCUGUAUGGGAGCGGCGGCUUCGGAUCCCUGCAGACAGGCGGGCGGCGCCUGCGCCGCUCCGUCCACAUCCUCUUCCUCGCUCUCCUGCCAGGCACAGAGCUUUGUGUACGAAUGCCUGGAGCCCAUGAAGAUCAUCACCGUGCGCACCUUUAAGAUCCCCACCAGCUUCGCCGCCAGGCAGGGCCGCAUCCGCAACCCCAGCUUCUACAGGAGGGAGAGCAAGGCGGUGGACACCAGCGACCUGGGGGUGGCGCUGAAAGACAUGCCGGUGUGGGAGGAGGUCCAGGCCUCCCUGCUGUGCUCGCUGGAGCGGGAGCUGAGGGGUCACCUCAUCGCGGAGAGCGUGUGCUCCGACGCCCUGCUGCAGGACGAAGGCACCCAGACGUACAGCUUCCCGUCGGCUCCCUUCCGCAGGAAAACCUGCCUGGCCGACCUGACCGCCGGGAAGGUGCCGGAGCUGCACCUCCAGCUGCAGGUGGAGAGCGUCACCAGCCGCCACCACAAGGCCAGCUCGGCCUUCACCUUCCUCUGCGGACACACCUUCCAGCGCAGGGAGUACUGCACACACUACAAAAACGUCCACGGCGACAUCCAGAUGGGUGUGAAUGGAUGGUUUGAGCAGAGAUGCCCACUGGCCUAUCUGGGAUGCACCUAUAGCCAGAAGAGAUUUCGUCCCUCAACACAUGACGCCACCGUGAACUAUAAUGAGGAUUUGGGCUGCUUCAGCCUGCAUCCCGUCACCCCUGGUUCUCUACUGGAGGCUGAGAGCCGGAGAGGAGGAGGAGGAGGAGGAGGAGGAGGAGGAGGAGGAGGAGCAGAGGACUCCCUGAGCUCGCUGCCCUACGAGGUGCUGUGCCACAUGGCCAGCUUCCUGGACAGCCUGUCCCUGUCCCAGCUGGCUCUGGUGUCCCGCCUCAUGAGGCAGGUGUGCUGGUCUCUGCUGCAGGACAGAGGGAUGGUCACCCUCCUCUGGGAGAGGAAGACCUCCUCUCAGGGGGGAGCCCAGUGGAGGGUGAAGCAGAAGGUUUGGCAGUUCAGCACUUUGUUCUCUCCUGUGGAUACUUGGAGCUUCAAGGACGUCCCGCCCAUCUCCGAGCAUCUGAAGGCGUGUCCGUACUAUGAACGGGAGUCCAAGGCAGAGAAGAUCCGACUGCUGCGUGUCCAGGAGGAAAUCCAGACCAGCAAAAGCUGCAAAGGCCCCACUCUGGUGUCCCUGUUUCGGCAGAAGAGGAUCAUGAUGUAGAGGAAACGCUGCCACAGCUUCCUGCUUCGGAUGCAGUCCACUCUGCCAAGUCUAAACUCGCUCCUCAUAUUAUCUGUCUUUAUAAUCGGACAAUCAAGAAGAUGCUGAAUCUGAAACGGUCAACUGAAAGCGUCACACUUCUAACUUCUAACUCAUUCAUUUGCACAGAAUCAUUAUUUUUAGCAGACCAGCUGCCUCAAAAGCUGUACAACUAGUUUAUUAUUUGAUGAGUUUGAGCUUUUGCAAUAUACAAAAACAAUGAAUACUUGAGAGUAAAAAUGUCCAUAAAUCAAUAAAGUAAUAAAAAAAAUAGCACCAAAGUGUCCUUGCCGUGUUUGAGGUAAAAAUUAGUUCUAAUGUAACUGUUAUGUAAAAUAUUCACCUUCUUAUCAAAUAAAUGCCAAUGAACACAUGAAGUGAUGCAGCGCUGCUA